AUAAAAAAAACUAAACUAAAACCCCAAGACUCUUUGUUUCUGUUCGUUAUAAAAUAAAGUUGUUUUGGUAUGUAAAAAGAUAUAAUUUUGCCCCAAAUGUUAUGAUCGGAGAUUUCUAGGGUUUCUAGUCGGAUUCGAUCCUCUGGAUUUUGGGUUUCGGAUCCGCUUUUGAUUGUCAUUGAUCGUUAGUGAAUAAGUUUGAUUUCGCUUUUUUGUUGCUGAAUUUGUUAAACCAUGAAGAACAUUGUUUCAGAUUUAAGGUGCGUUAUUUGCCCUAAUCUGUGUUUCUUAUUUUCAAUUAUCUAAUGAAUUGAUCUUCGAGUAGAAACUGAUAAACUGUUUGAUCUGGGGGGUUAAAAGUUAUAUUUUGUAUAUCUCGCAGAUUAGAACCGUAAUUAUCAUGUGUUUAUUCAGACUCUAAGCAGAUGAUACUUAAUGAAUUGAUAGAUCGUUAAACCUUUGUUACAGGAUCAAAACUCUUAAGUGGAUUGCAGAAACAUAAUGGGAUAUUAUGAUCACUCUAGGAGAUUGUAAUGUAAAUUAGGCAUUUUGUUAGAUAGAAUUUUAUCAUUUUAUUUGGUCUCAUGAGGAAGAAGAGAAAAGGAAGCGAAACUGAGGCUUGUAAAAGUAAGCCUGGCAAAGAAGAAUCGGGAUCAAAUCGAGAUUCACUGGAAUCAUCAAAUAUUAGGUCUCACUAUUCUUUAGAAGAUUACAGUAGGUUAAGAAAAAGGUGCAAAGAAGAUGCAAACCCCAAACCUCUUGGCUCAUUUAAAAGUAGGCUUGCAGGUAUUGCUACUGCCCCACCUUGUGGUGCCUCUUCGUCUUUGGUUCUCCCAGGACGAGGACUUAAGAGGAAGAUAGGGUGCAUAGAUGUGAACACUCAGAUGGGUAGGAAGAAUAAGGUUGAAGAUGACUAUACUAAGGUUGAUGUAAUUGGGCAAGGGAAAUUCGGGUCUGUCUGGUUGGUGAAUUCUAGGGUUAGCGGUGCAGAGUUUGCAUGUAAGAUCCUGCGUAAGGGAGAGGAGACAGUUCACAGAGAGGUGGAGAUAAUGCAGCACUUGUCAGGUCAUCCUGGGGUUGUUACAUUGCAUGCAGUCUAUGAGGAAGCAGAGCUUUUUCAUCUUGUAAUGGAGUUCUGCUCUGGGGGGCGGUUGAUUGAUCGGAUGUCGGAGGUUCAGUAUUCAGAACAACAUGCUGCUAAUAUAUUCAAGGAUGUAAUGUUGGUUAUUAAGUAUUGUCAUGAUAUGGGAGUUGUGCACAGAGAUAUAAAGCCAGAAAAUAUUCUUCUCUCCAACUCAGGGAAAAUAAAGCUUGCAGAUUUUGGCUUGGCCAUGAGAAUUGCAAAUGGUCAGACUUUGUCUGGUUUGGCUGGAAGUCCGGCUUAUGUUGCUCCUGAAGUUCUGUCUGGCAAUUACUCCGAGAAGGUUGAUAUAUGGAGUGCUGGUGUCCUUCUACAUGCCCUCUUGGUUUCUGUUCUUCCAUUUAAAGGAGAUUCCUUGGAAGCAGUUUUUGAGGCAAUCAAGAAUGUAAAGCUAGAUUUCCACUCAGGAAUAUGGGAGAAAAUAUCUAAACCUGCGAGGGAUCUGAUGGCAAGAAUGCUGACUAGGGAUGUUUCAUCAAGGAUAACAGCUGAUGAAGUUCUAAGGCACCCAUGGAUAUUGUUCUACACAGAGCGCACAUUAAGGACAUUAACCAUCAAGUCAAAACUGAAGAACCAGGUAGGAGUAUCUUCCCAUCCAUUGACCAUCUUUUCUGGGCAAGAAUUGGCUAGAUCCAAGAGGUAUGAACUGCAUGGUGAGAAUUCAUACCUUCAUUCAUCAUCUGAAAGUUGGAGCUUGAAGUCAGAUGAACAAGAUGAAUGUGACUUGGUAGAUGUGCUUGCAGAGGCCAUUUCUAAUGUGAGGAUAUCAGAGCCCAAGAGGAGUAGACUUUGUGGCCCUACUGGCCCAAUAGAGCAGCAGUGUUCAUCUAACAUGACAGCUAACAAUCUCUGUAGAGCAUUUUGAUCCUGCUGACAAACUGACAUCAUGUUCUCCACUGUUUUUGGAGCUGGGGUUUAAAGUUAACAUGUCCUGCUACAAAUAUCACUGGCAAGCUAAGGUUAAAUGCCAGCUUUGCAAUAUCUGGUAACCGUGUUGUUAUUUCUCCACAAUGUAUUUGAUCAAUACUUGCAUAGUUGCUAAGUUCUCCUAAUAAUUGCUCUAGCCUUGACAGGGAAUUCGUGUACAGAAGAUGUAAAUAUAGUGUUUGAUAAUGAUGAUUCUGCCUUGCCUUCA